GGAUGGAGUAGUAAAGUAUCAACGAAAAAUUAAUGUCCCAUGUCAAAACAAUUUUACUUUCAUAUGUUUUAUUCCAUUUUUUGUGUGUACCUUUAAUUAACUAUACUACGUUAGUGUAUUGAUUUAUAAUAAUAACAAAAAAACCUAACGGUCAUCAUUCGUAUAACCUUCUAUUAUCUGCUUAGAACAUGUUUCGUACAAUAUGAUUUACUUAUGUUGAUUUCUUUUACUAUUAAAGUUGAAUAAUUUUUGAAGAUCUUAAUCACAUUAUGGACGCAUUUGGAGAUAAUUUUGUGAGUAAUGAUGUCGAGGUCGACCCAGCAGCAGAAUUUCUAGCGCGAGAACAAGAUCAGCUGGCUGGAUUAGAAGAUGAAAUUCCACCUGUUUCUACUGGUGCUUUGAUUACUGAAGAUGAUGCAGUUUUAAAUGUGCAGACUAGCAGUGAAAAUGGAGGAAGCUUUGAAAUGAUUAAUACCAUUGAUCAGCGUCCUGAUCCAGUCGUUGAUAAUCCAACUCCUCCACCAGCUCAAAUAAAAGAAGAACCAGAAAAAAUUAAAAAGUGGAGAGAAGAGCAAAAAGCAAGAUUAGAACAGAAAGAUGCUGAAGAAGAAAAGAAAAAAGAAGAAUUAAGAGAAAUAGCCAAAAGAGAGUUAGAAGAUUGGUACAAACACCAUGCAGAAGCCAUUGCUAAAACAAAAGCAACAAACAGGGAAUCAGCCAAGAAUGCUGAAAAACAAUUCGUAGCAGAGGCCGAUGAUAUCGAGCCAGGAACCGAAUGGGAACGUAUAGCAAAACUUUGCGACUUCAAUCCCAAAUCAUCAAGAACUUCGAAAGACGUAUCAAGAAUGCGCUCUAUUAUCUUACAACUGAAGCAAAAUCCACCUCCAUUAGUCAAAGCUUGAA